UACAAAGAUUUAUUGUAGUUCUCAGUUAAAGGCUGUAAAGAUUUAUUUAUUGUCUUUAUUUUGCAUAAUCACUCAUAGAAAUAUAUCGUUAUAAUACAGUUGAUGUCUUACCUUUCAUUAUUGCACAGAUUAAUUAGGCAUUUAAAAAGACGGCAUCCACGUGAAACAUGGCUGUAUGUGGACCGUACUCAACUAAGCAGUAGUCCUUGUUGCAACGACAGAAAUCUCGUUAAUACCUCGUGAAUAUAUUAUAUGAAACUGAUAGAAGUGUGUUUAAGUCAUGAAUGCGAAAGAUGGAGGCUCUCGCAAACGGAAACAAGAGUCUGCACAGAGCCAGAAAACCGAAGGUCAUGAAAGUGAUGCCAUCUCAUCGUCCCGACUGAUAUCAGCCUUCAAAACGUUUCAGCUGGAACUGGACACCAAACAUGACAAAUAUGAGCGUCUGGUCAAACUAAGCCGCGACAUCACCAUCGAAAGCAAGAGGACGAUUUUCCUGCUUCACAGAGUAACCAGUGUCCCCUCCACGGAGGACUUGCUUGCCGAGUCGGAAGUGAAGCUGGACGGCGUGAGGCAGAAGAUCAGGCAGGUUGCCGAGGAGCUGAGAGGGGAGGAUCUGUACCAGUUUCACAAGGCCUUUACUCUGGGCAUCCAGGAGUACGUGGAGGCCGUCUCCUUUCAGCAUUUCAUCAAACAACGCUCCCUGAUCAGCCUGGAGGAGGUCAACUGCCGACUGGUGUUUCUCAACGGUGACAAGUCUGAGGAAAAGGGCUUUCCGUCUGAAAAGCAGGGGCCUCAGGCGCUGACCUUCCAGGUCACGCCGACCGACUACCUACUGGGCGUGGCCGAUCUGACCGGCGAACUGAUGCGCAUGUGCAUCAGCAGCGUGGGCAACGGCGACAUCGACACGCCCUUCCAGGUGGGGCAGUUCCUGCGACAGAUCCACGACGGCUUCUCCUACAUCGGCAACACGGGGCCCUACGAGGUCUCCAAGAAGCUGCACACACUCAAGCAGAGCCUGGGAAAAGUAGAAGACGCCUGCUAUACGCUGCGUGUGCGCGGCUCCGAGAUCCCCAAACACAUGCUGGCAGACGUCUUCUCCAGCAGGGCGGCGCUCUUGGACCCUGAAGAUGGGGUGGCCUGACAUCGCCAAGCCGGAUUGCUCCGCUGUUUUUAUCCUUCUCUGUUUUUCUUUCUUGUAUUUUUUUCUCCCCACGUCGGUAUAAAAUGUUCUCUGUAUUUCAAGUAACUGUGGUCGAUUGUCGGUUUUGUUCGCAUGGUUUACGCUUCACCAGAUAUUUACACUGCUACCUGGUGAAAGUUGAAAAACACAAUACUUUGUACAGCCUGUGUGCAAAGUUGGGGGGUGGGAAGGACUUGCAUUCGGCACCCGCAACAUAUUUCGUUCACGUAUGUUCUACGCGGCUCUGGCCCUACGGCGGUAACCGCGUGCACCUUUUGUGUGAAAGGUUCGAACAGAAAGAUGAAUAAAGGGUUUAUUUAAA